AGAAUUUGGUUAUUUUUACAGAAACGCUAUUACUUAUUUAUAAACUGACAGCGAGUGAACUGUAUAUUUAUUUAUUUAUUAAAACUCGCCAACCUGAAGAACAUACAACUAAAAACAAAUCAAAAGAAAAACGUUAUAUUUAACCUGCAAAAAGAUUCUUCACAUCGUAUACGCAGAAAACAACCCUGUACUUGGCUCACAGUCAGAUGCAAAUUUAGCCGUCAGAAACCCAUAAAGUGUUAUUUAUUUAUUUAUUAAACGUCAAAAAAUGGCAAAAUCACAACUUAUUAUUUAUGGAAUACUUAUCGCCUCGUUUGGAUUGGCUACAUCAACAAAACAGCAUCGAUAUGGUCAAUUAUUUAAUGCUCUUUCAACGUUACAUCUGGAGAACGGAAAUGAGGAUUCAUCAAAAUUCGUACAUACAAGGUUCCCAAGACGGGUGGACAGAAAUGGCAAUUUUUUAUCGUACGUAACCCUCGAUGCACCGUUGGGUACAGACAGUACUUUGAAUAAGCGAGUGAGGAGAAGUGCUGCAGAACAUUUGGAUGCAGCAGCAGUUUCAGAUGAUGGAAAUCAUGAAAUAUACCUCGAAAUGGACAAUGUUUUUGGGAUGCCAAAAGCAAGACUUCAUUUGAAGAAAAAUUAUAAACUAGUUUCUAAAAGCUUCGUUUUUGAAGUUCGUGGUCGCGGUGGCAAAAUUGUGUCAAGGCAUAACAAUAUUGAUGAUUGUCACUAUGUUGGGAAUAUUCAUAACCAUGACGGAUAUUCAAAAAUUGCACUCAGUUUAUGCGAGGGCAUGCAAGGAAUUAUUUCAAAAGACGAUGCAGAUUAUUUAAUUGAACCACUGUGGAACCAUACGGUAGCGUCGAGCAAUUCUAGUGAAAAUCUCACUUCUUCUACAACUUCUUCACCGUUUAUGGAGGAAGAGGCCCAAAAUGAGGAGGAGUUGGAGGGACAUCCACAUGUUAUAUACAAAAGAUCCGUUUUGCGUCAUCUUCACGAAAGAAGAAAGAACAAGGAUGAUAUUGGUCACUGUGGAUACUCAGACAAGGUCGCUGGCGACACACCUUGGUGGAAAAUUGAUCCCCGCGAAGCAGUGGCUAGAAAUGAUGACAACGACGACAUGGAGGAAAAAUUGGACGUAAAAGAAGAAGAUAUUUCAAAAAAACAGAGAAAGGGUCGUCGAGGAAAAUCUGGCAGAAGAAAGUCACGUCGUCACCAUCACGCUAAGAGCAGUAAAAAGAGUGCUGGCCGCUCACAAAACACGAUCGAUGAAGAUUCCGUAGUUCUCAGCAGAAGAAAACGAUCAGUAAGCGUAGAAAGAAACGUCGAAACACUUGUUGUCGCCGACAAAAUGAUGGUUGGAUAUCACGGAAGACAGGAAGUGGAGAAAUACAUUCUUACUAUAAUGAAUAUCGUGGCAAAUCUCUACCACGAUGCCUCAAUUGGCAACGCUAUCAAUGUUAUUGUAACCAGAAUUGUUCUCCUUACAGAGGAUCAGCCGGAUUUGGAAAUCAACCAUCACGCCGACAGAUCAUUAAACAGCUUCUGCAAAUGGCAAUCUCAAAUCAAUGUAAAUGAGUCAAACGACAUUCCUGAAAGUGGCAUUGCACAUCACGAUAACGCUGUACUCAUUACGGGAUUUGACAUUUGCACCUACAAGAACAAACCGUGUGCAACUUUGGGACUUGCGCCAGUUGCGGGUAUGUGCGAGUCAGAUCGCAGCUGCAACAUCAACGAGGACAUAGGACUCGCGUCAGCUUUUACAAUCGCCCAUGAAAUAGGUCACAAUUUUGGUAUGCAACAUGACGGCAAUGGCAAUGACUGCGGUACUCUUGACAACGAACCGGCACAAAUCAUGGCGGCACAGCUAACAAAAAACACCAGACCUUUUACUUGGUCCAGGUGCUCGAGAAAAUACAUCACCGAUUUUCUUGAUUCCGGUGCUGGGAAAUGCUUGAUCAACACUCCACCAAGAAGGGAUUUUGAAUUUCCGGCUGAACUUCCGGGUCAACAACACAGCGCGGACGAACAGUGCCGAUUUCAGUAUGGUCCUCAGUCAAGACAGUGCAACUAUGGGCAAGUUUGUCGCGAACUUUGGUGCGUCAGUCAGAAUGGUCGAUGCGUUACGAACAGCAUUCCAGCUGCCGAAGGGACAAACUGCCAAACUUAUGGAAUUGAAAAGGGGUGGUGCUACCAAGGGCAAUGCGUCCAAUUUGGUCAACGACCCAACUCUGUGGAUGGCGGAUGGGGUACCUGGAGUCCGUGGAGCGAUUGCUCAAGAACAUGCGGUGGUGGUGUGAGCUCAUCCUUCAGACAUUGCGAUAGUCCAGCUCCCGAGCAUGGUGGAAAGUACUGCAUAGGUCAACGCAGAAGAUAUCGCUCCUGUAAUGCCGAGCUCUGCAAAGCUACAAAAUUGACCUUCCGGGAAGAGCAAUGCGCUCAGUUCGACUCCGAACCUUUCCGAGGGAAAUAUUACAACUGGAAACCUUUUGUUGGUGGUCAAAAUGUCAAUCCCUGUGCUCUCAAUUGUUUGGCACAAGGCUACAGCUUUUACACUGAAAGAGCAUCAGCUGUGGUGGACGGAACUCGUUGUUUCCCGGACAGUCCAGAUAUGUGCAUAAACGGAGAAUGCCAUCAUGUCGGUUGUGACGGUGUACUCCAUUCGGAAGCAGUUGAAGACAAAUGUCGCAUAUGUGGUGGUGACGGAAGCACAUGUGAACCUGUCCAAGGCGUGUUCGAUUCAGCCGGAAUGCAAGGACUGUACGAAGAAAUUGUCACAAUUCCGAAAGGUGCUGUACACAUUUACAUCAGAGAAAAUGUACUAUCUCGUCAAAAUUAUUUGGCAUUGAGGAAUACAAGAGGAGUCAGCUUCAUAAAUGGAGGGUACACCAUCGAUUGGCCAAGAAAGUUUGAGGUCGCUGGAACAACUUUCAGUUAUGAAAGAGCAGCAGACGAGCCUGAAGUAUUGAAAGCUCUUGGACCAAUUACAGAGGAUUUGAUUGUCAUGGUUUUAUUACAAGAGCCAAACAAAGGAAUCCAAUAUGAAUACAACGUUCCAGUUGAACGAGUAACUAGUGGGGAUGAUGAGGUACAAUUUGUGUGGGAUCUUGGAGACUGGUCAGAAUGUUCUGCUACAUGCGCUGGAGGAACUCAACGCAGUCCUGUUAUUUGCAAGCGGGCAGAUGACAAUACAAUAGUUCAACAUAGCUAUUGUAAUCAAGAAACAAUGCCUGUAGAAAAAGUUCAACCAUGUAACGAAGAACCAUGCGAGCCACAAUGGUCAGUUGGGCAAUGGCAACCUUGCAGCGCUACCUGUGGCGGUGGAAAAAGAACUCGUGCGGUAUCCUGCCAAAGAAAAUUGUCCGCGUCAGAAGAUGAAAUCAUUGCGGACAAACUUUGCCCCGGUGAAAAACCUGACAGAAGUGAAAGAUGUAAUACAGAUGUCUGCCCGCCUCAAUGGGUCGCUAAAGUGUGGUCAAAAUGCAGUUCAAAGUGUGGAGUCGGCCGCAAAAGCAGAGAAGUCGUUUGUAUGUCCAGUGACAAAAGCGAAAGGUAUCCUAACAGCCAGUGUAAUAUCAGACACAAGCCACCAACAGCUGCUAUGUGCAACGCCGGAGCUUGUCCACCACCAACCUGGCAAGUAGGAAGAUGGGGAAAAUGCAACACCAAAUGCGGACAUGGUCGACAAAUGCGUAGAGUAAUCUGUUUGACACACGAGAAACGGCGAAGUUCAGAAUGUUCAACCAGAACUAGGCCUUCAAAUUCUCGUUCUUGCAGUGUCAAAUGUGCAACGGAAUCACCAAUCAGCGUUGUUUCAAGCGGUACGUGUGUUGACGAUCCCAAGUUCAGCCAUUGUGGCCUGGUACGUAAAUUCAAGUUCUGCACACGGGCAUACUUCAGAAAAAUGUGCUGCAACUCAUGCUCAACGUGAAUAAAAAAUACAGUCAGUCAUCUUUGACAACGAUGAAGGGUUCAUGUCAUACGACAGAAAGAUCGACGAUGCAUGAGGUAGAUGCAACGGAGCGAGAAAUCAGAGCGCUGAGCGCACGAGGCGAAGAAUAACCCACGAACAACGCUUACAUUUAUGCAAUCUAACACGCGCAAUAUGAUAACUACAAAGCGACAAGAUAGACAGAAAAGUUCAACGUGUAUGCGUGCUGGACACGAAAAAGCAGCAACUAUUCCCAAGGGCAAGUGAACUUAUACGAAAACCGCACUUCUGGCUGUUUGCGGUGGGAACUGCUUACUGCUGAUUAAUGGGAAAUAUCUUGUAUGAAUAUUGAAAUAAACUGUCUCAUAGGUACCUGCUUUUAUUUAUUUGUGUGCCAUUUUCUAUUUAUCAAGCCGCAAUUUCUUGUAUACAAUUUUUCACGUUAUUUUCACUGCUUUUGGUAACGCCUUUAAAAGAUAGAGCAACCCACAUUUGCGAUUCUACUUAAAUUUUUAUAUUUAUAAAUGCUAUAUUUUAUUUUUUAAUUUGAGUUAAAACUUACUGCCAUUAUCACAUAGCACAUCUUCGUUUUUGUCAGUCUUUGCGCCUAAGGCGUUUUAAGACUAAGCUUGGCUCAGGCCGGAUUCCUGAAAAAUGCGAAUUUUUUUAUACUUCGUGCUUUUUCUUCAAGACCUGACAUUGUUAUUAAUGCUUUGUCACUGUCAAAAGCUGGAGUCCCUUUUUAAACUUGAUUGUGAAUAUUCCACUAUCUAUUUAGAUGUACUUCCGAUAUCUGGUUUCAAAAUGAUGCCGGAUUACUUGAUUUAAAUCCAAUGUGUAUGAAACCAAUUGGUUUUCGUCGUGGUAAAAUAUCAGUCUCUAGAUUCUGACCAGUGACAAACGUAUACACUGUAUAAACAUGUAUAUUCAUCCAGUAUUUAGUAAUAUUGUAUAAAAACGCUCAUCUGAAAACGCCAUAUCACACUGCAUCGGCUUGUUAACGCUUAAUAAAACCAGUCCCUAUUCAUAUGAGUAAGUAAUAGAUAGGUUGCACUUUCCGAAUAAAUUUCAAUUGAACACAUGUUACUAUAUUGAGAAUAGGUGUUGUUUAGCCUAAAUGAGAUACCAAUUCAUAAAUACCAACCACGAUUUUGUUCUUACUCGGAUAUGUACCACAACAAUUCAACCCAAAUUGUUUUAUUCAAAAAGUCAUUCGACAAAAUAUUCUGGAAUCCUUCUUUAAAUACCAUCCCUCUUGUAAAGCGUCAUUAAUCUUUAUCAUCAUGAUGAUCUUUAUAUUUUUUCUUUAAAUUAUUUGUUACAAUUUAUGUUUUUAUCUACAAUUAUUUUUAUCAGACUCAUUUUAUGUUAUUAUUUUAUUUUACUUCUUUUUAUACUCUCGGAGCACUCUAUUUUUAUGAUUCAAAUGAUAUUUACCGUGUUUUUUUUAUUGUUUUGUUUUAUUUAGUCUACGUUACGUUGCGUAUUGUUUUAAAUCUCCAACUUGCGUUAGGCAAGUUUUUUGUUACUAUAUUAACUAUUUAUUAAGCAAAUCAACUCGAUAUAAAAAUUGUUCCAUUCCAAUGAAUACAAGGGUCUAAUAAAGAUAUUUUGAAAAGAAUUGUUUUGUUACUUUCACGGGAUCAUCAUUCUGGAACGUGAUUUGUGAAUGAUAUUUAUAUACAUUAGUUCAGAGGGCCUAGAAAUUUAAAAAUUUAAGUUGAGCAAAUUCCAAUUUACAUCGAUUUGAAAAUUUCUUGAAUUGCUUUAUUAUGCCAUAAAGUUUUGAUGAAGAUUAUAUGAAAAUAAACAUGAGCGAUGAAAUGUUA